CAGAAAUUUACCUUUAAGUGAAGCAAUACAAUUGCAAAUUGAAACGCAGAGAAGGUUACAUGAGCAGCUCGAGGUACAACGCCAUUUACAGCUCCGCAUAGAGGCUCAAGGGGCGAAAGAACUGUCAGAUAUGUGCCUUGAGCAAACACAGAUGAAACCAACAGAUGAUUCAAUUGACAAAUGCUUAUUCUACAAUGGAAGUUCUAUGAGGGACCAAGAACUGUACGUUAAUCAAAUGGAAUUGACACCUUCGAAUUUUAGAGCACCAACCAAGUCGAGGGAGUAUGAAAAUGAACCCAAGCUGCAAGAUACUGAACUCACAUGGUGCGAAAACCUGACAGAGAGCAGAAAGUUUCUUUCCACCAUGGAUGACAAUAAAAACUCCAGCAAUUUAUCAAUGAGCAUUGGACUUCAGGGAGGAAAUUGGAACAGCAGCAGCAACUAUUCAGAGGAAAUACAUAAAAGAACUGGAACAGGGUAUAUAUUUUUGGAACAAGAUACUCAUAUAAAUGAUUCAAUCAAGCUAGAGAAGCAGAAGACAUCACCAAAGUUUCAACCACCUUACUUUUCAAACAAACUGGACCAAAACACAGAGGAUGAAAAUGAUGCUUCUUCAAGUUGCAAGAAGUUUGAUUUAAAUGGUUUUAGCUUGAGCUGAACAAAAACACGGUUAGAGCAAUUUUCAUCAGAGAAGAAAGUUUGACUUAGUUACGGAAACCUGGUGUACCCAUUUGUUUCAUGUAAUUGAAUACAUGUUUAGUGAAAUGAUAAUGCGGGUUCAUAAAAAUCAAGAUAACCUCUUCCCAACAGACAUGAAUAGACACCUGAUGGACAUUCAAUGUUCUUUAAUUCCAAAACAUCAACAGAUACAUUAGUUGAGUUCUAUGUUCAUACAUUAGUUUGCAAGAAUCUAAUCCAGCACUUAAAAAUAGAUCCUAAGAUCAGCUAGAUAACAGUACAAGAUACUAAUGAAGAUACCUGACCUAUUCCUCCUUCGUGGAUGGCGGGCCUAAACCACUCCGGUACCUUCUAUCUCUCCGUUGCCACUCCAACACUGAGUCAUAGAUAUGUAAGGGAAAUAUAUUGUAUAUUAUUUAUGAACGUAGAAGGCUGGGAAAUGUAGUGUGUUAAGGUCCAUACUUGAGCACCACAGGCUCCCUUCUUCGUGAUGUGGCGUCUUGAUUGAUUCAUUCAGAUAGGUGAACUUACUUGUGAACUGCCAAGAAUAUAGGAAAUGGUGUCUCAUGACGCCAUGACCAUUGUUACACCUGUACGAAUGAAUUGACCGAGCUCGAGGUGCUAACGGCCUUGACUGGCUUUGAGUGGUAUUGCGCCUGUCCUUCAGGUCAUUGACUGUGACUUCGCUUAUCAACUUCGACCUUUACCUUUAAAGUGAUGGUCAACCAACUGGCCUAGGUCUAAUCAGAUGCAUACUCUUCCACGAGCCAGACUUCACCUAUAAACUUCUUGCACUCACCGUGAGGCCUUUAAGUGCCCUGUAGGUAUCACUGUUGAAGAAGAAGUAAAAUAAAAUUACAGAGUUAUAUAAAGAAAAAUUCACUAGGCAGUGCAAAAUUUAGUUAUAAAUCUGAGAAUGUCGUACAAUUAACAAGCCUAAGCAUAAAGUUCCAUAUCAAGUAGUAAAGGUGUAUUCAACACAGGAAAUCAUCUUAAAACAAGAAUCCCUGUUAACCAUAAAUCA